AUGGUGAAGCUUUCAGCCGAAGACCUGAAUGAUUAUCUAAAUCCGGGUGUUGCUUGUGUUAAACCCGUGAAAGUUCAAAAAAAGCAAGACAAUCAACAGAACAUUAAAGUUAAUGGGGAGUCCUAUUACGAGGUCACAAAAGAUACUGGUGAGGUUGAAGAAUUGGGAAUUGCAUCUAUUUCCUUGAACGAUUGUUUGGCAUGCAGUGGUUGUAUUACAUCUGCUGAAAGCGUUUUAAUUAACUUACAAUCGUAUCACGAGGUAUUAAAAUUUGUCAAUGCUAAGGAAGCUGACGACUUUUUCAUUUUACAAAUGAGUCCUCAAGCAAGGGCCAGCUUGGCCGCUUAUUAUAAUUUGAGUGUCCAGGAAGUACAACUCUGGAUUCAAUCAGUGUUUACAAAUGAACUCAAGUUCAAUGUGGUUGUUGACACGGGCUUUUCCCGAGAGAUUAGUCUUCGACAGGCUGCUAUUGAAUUUUGCCAGAGCUGGGUAGCUGCCAAUGCUGCGAAGACGGUGUAUAACUCAAAAAGUGGUGAAGUCGCCCCUAAACCCCUCCCUGUGCUUUCUUCAAGCUGUCCUGGAUGGAUUUGCUACGUGGAAAAAACACAUUCUUCAUUAAUUCCACAUAUAUCCACUGUUCGUUCUCCACAGCAAGUCGCUGGUCGACUGCUGAAGGAUUGGUUCUCUUAUCAACUUGGCAUUUCUCGUAAAAAAAUAUGGGUCCUUAGUUUAAUGCCUUGUUUUGACAAGAAACUCGAGGCCUCUCGGAAUGAUUUUGUGAACGAACAGGUUCGCGAUGUGGAUUGUGUGAUUACCCCGAAAGAGCUGGUCGAGCUUUUAAAAACAAAAAACAUCUCGCCUCAGAGUAUGGAUCUAGACAGCCUUUCUAUUUCUGAACAAACCCCGUGUCUACCGUCUUGGUACGAGCCGGUACAGUUCGAACAACAAAACGGCUCUAGUUCUGGCGGUUACUUACACUACAUUAUGACUUUUGCGGCGAAAGCUCUGUUCGACAUUAAUGAUUUGACGAACAGAAUAAAUGUAUCGCAGAAAAACGCCGACAUGAUAGAAUACGAACUAACAAGUCCGGACACCGGCGAAACAUUACUACGAAUGGCUACAUGUUAUGGAUUUCGAAAUAUACAAAAUCUCGUUCGUAAUGUUGGACGAAAGUCGGCACCCAGACGGGGGCGAGUUUUACUGAAACGCAUGAAGAACAUGUCAACGAGUCCGUCUACUGGUACAGGAAAACAAAAACUUGAUUAUGUUGAAGUGAUGGCUUGUCCCGGUGGAUGCAUUAACGGCGGAGGCCAAUUGCCUCCUCCUGAAUCUAGCGCUGAUUUCUCUGGUAUUUCACGUGAAUGGAUGCGGCAAGUUGAAGCACACUAUUUCCAGCCGGGUGUUCGUCAAGUCGAUAACGCUGCAGUUGAUGCUGCAGUUGAACACUGGUUACCUUCCUAUUCUCUUCAACAAUCCAUCCUUCAUACAAAGUAUCAUGCCGUACAAAACGAUACCGAAAAUCCCGUUGCUCUCGCGAACACUUGGUAA